UCCAGUAACCACAAUUCCUGCUACUGUUUACAUCCCAUUCGGGACGUCAUUCAAUAAGCGACAAGAUAACCGCUGACAACUUUCUAACUGAAGACAGAUUUAUAAUUAUGGCUUUCAUUUGAGUUUUGUUCUCAAUAAAUACUUUUGCGCGAUAUUGAUUGCUCGAUAAUAUGCGUGUGAAUGCUCAUCUUGCGAUUGGAGACCAGCAAUAACGUGUUAUUUCAAAUUUCGCGCUGUACAGACCGCCAGACGAUAGGCUGGUAUUCAGGCUAGCUAAUCAACAGUUAAUUAGUUACCACUGCUAACUCGCUAGCUAGCUAGAUCCAAACGUAUCAUCUCCCCAAUUCUGCUCAUCAAAAAAAAUGCAAACGACCGACAUUGGAAACAAGGAGGAGGGAAAAGUAUGGCAUCGAAAACCAACACCAAGUAAUACUGGUAUCGUGGUCACAGUGAUUCGCAGUGCAGCUGCCUACCAGUCCAAAACAGUCCGCUUCCUUCAUGUCACCUUCGACACUACAGGGGACUCUUUCCUGGCUGGAGAUCACCAUGGGAAUAUUUAUGUCUUAGACAUCACCAGAAACAGGUUUAGACUUGUCCAGAAAACCGGUCAAGCAUGCACUGCCUUGGCCUUCAACUUGCGCAGAACAACGGAAUUCUUGGUUGCUCUUGCAGACUACUCCAUCAAGUGCUUUGACAAAGAUACGAAGCAGCUGGUGAGCUGGAUGCGGGGUCACGAGGGGGCGGUAUCCUCUGUGUCGGUCCAUGGCUCUGGCCGCUACGCCAUCAGUACAUCAGCUGACACGGCUCAGCUCUGGGACCUGGACACCUUCCAGAGGAAGAGGAAACUCAAUGUCCGCCAAUCUGUCGGCAUACAGAGGGUGUUCUUUCUUCCUCUGGGGAACACCAUCCUCAGCUGUUUCAACGAUGACUCCAUCUUUGCCUGGGAGAGUGACACGUUGUUCUGCAAAUACCAGCUGCCUGUUCCUGAUGAGGGACCCAGGAUACACUACAAGGCAUUUGCUGUCACACGUGAUGGGAAGAUUCUGGCUGCAGGGGGCAGAUCCAACCUUCUCCAUCUGUGGUGUCUGGACACCAGGCAGCUGCUUAGAGUGGUCCAGAUGCCUCCCAAGGUCCGCUCUGUCAGACAGCUGGAGUUCCUACCAGACAGCUUCGAUGGUGGGGCCAGCCAGACUCUUGGGGUGCUGAGUCAGGAUGGUGUGAUGCGUUUCAUCAACAUCCAGACCUGCAAGCUGCUCUUCAACAUCGGAUCCCAUGAUGACGCCAUCACCUCAGCCACCGUCAGUCCCAACGGACGCCAUAUUGUCACGAUAAUGGACAACGGCAGCCUAAACAUCUACAGUGUUCAGUGUCUGACCCAGGACUACAACAAGCCUCCUCCGUCCCUGGUCAAAGUGGUGUCUGGUGGAGAGUGUUCCGCUCUGACAAUGAAGGUGAAGUCAGAAGGGGUCCAGCGGCCGGCCAAAAACCCUGGUCGACGGGUCAAGACCAAAGUCCUGAGGCCUCCAGCUGUCCCCAUGACAGAGGAUAAAGAGAAUGAACUGCCUGACGGUCUAAACAAGAAGAGACUUGUGACGUUACUGAAGGCAUUUGGAGAAUAUCCAGCUAAAUACAGGAUGUUUGUGUGGAGGUCCCUCCUGCGUCUACCAGAGAACCACGCAGCUUUCAGCAGUCUGACCGAUAAAGGCCUGCACUCUGCCUACCUCAGCAUCCAGGAGCGGUACCCCAUCAAGAGCCACAAACUGCAGCGGGGACUUCAACGAGUGUUGUCUGCACUAGCCCACUGGGCGGCCAUCUUUGGAGAGACAGACUACCUCCCUCUGAUGGCGUUUCCCUUCGUCAAGCUCUUCCAGAAUAACCCACUGCUCUGUUUUGAAGUGGUCGCCACCACUAUAGUGAACUGGUGCCAGCACUGGUUUGAAUACUUCCCCAACCCUCCUCUCAACGUACUGAGCAUGGCAGAGAAUGUUCUGGCUCACCAUGACAAGGAACUGCUGCAGCACCUCAUCGACUGUGGAGUCACCUCUCAGCUGUAUGUGUGGCCCCUGUUAGAGACUCUGUUCUCUGAGGUGCUGACCAGAGAUGAGUGGCUCAAACUGUUUGACAACGUCUUCUCUAACCAUCCUGCCUUCUUAUUGGUAUCUGUGGUCUCAUAUGUCACCUGCUGCCGUGGCCCACUACUGCUCUGCAGCCACAAAGAGGACUUUGAGUAUUUCUUCCACCACCGUAACAACCUGGACGUCAGCUCCGUGAUAAAGGAGACCUACAGGCUGAUGGAGAGCACCCCAGCAGACAUCCACCCCAGGAACAUGCUGGAUGACUUUCAGCCUCUGACCAGGGGACAGUACCCUGUCUUCAACAAGUACCCCACCUACAUAGUGGAGUACCAGUCUCAGGAGAGAGAGAGGAUACGCCAACAGGAAGUGGACUACCUCAGAGAGAGGCAGGCGGUGCAGGAGCUGCGUGCGAAGGCGGUUCAGAGGCAGGCUGAGGACGAGGCAUGGUACACCCAGCAGGAGAUACUGCAGCAGGCUGAGGAGAAACGCAGGGACAUCCUACAGCAGGAGGAGAGCAAGCUGGCUGAACAGAGAACCAGGUUAACAGCCAUGAAGCGUGAGUUGAAGGUGAAGGAGCUCCAGCUGAUGGAUGCUGCCAGGAGACGCUUCCUGCAACAGCAGCAGGACCAGAGACUGACUGAACUACACAGACUGGACGAGCAGAUACAGAGGAAGAUGAACACCAGAGACCAGGAGACGGCAGCAGCAGUACAGGAUAUACAAGUCAGACAGAUGGAGCUGGAAGCACAGAGACGGCUGUUUGAACAGCAACUGGCCAAGGAGCAGGUGCGUGUGACUCAGGAGGUCAGAGCAGAGGUGGAUACCAGGAGACACAGGUCAGAGGUCGAGGAGACCACCUUCCAACACCUCCUUAACAACGACACUGACGUCAGCCUGGGAACCAAGAAGGUUCUAGAGGAGUGUUUAGCUGAAGCAGGCCAGCUGGGAGUGGACACCGAGUGGCAGGCUGAGGUGAUGAGGCGUCUAGACCAGGAGGAUGCAGCCCGGGACAGACACCACCACCAUCUGGCUGGACUACACAGAGAGACCCUCACCAAGGAGCAGCAGCUAGUUAACAUCAUGGAGGACGUAGAGGGACAGAGGUGGGAGGAGGUGGUGUCUCAGAAGGCCCAGCUAGAGGAGCAGAGGCAGGCUGCAGCCACAGCCGAGGCCAACAGGAGAGUCUUCCUCAGCCAGGAGGAAGAGGAGAACGAGCAGCACAGAGACAACCUCCGCAGGAGCCAGGACCACUCACUCAGUCAACAGUGGGAGAUGAGAGCCAGGUCUCCGUGCUCCACUAGUGGCCUGCUUCACAAUCCUGUUGCUUCUCCUGGUCCUCAUCAGUCUCAACAACAUCACAGUCCCAACAACAUCUGUCUAAACAACCAGUCCACCUCAGACGACUCCACUUGCUUCUCUCUGGACCGGGGUCGAGGGGAGCUGGACUGCAGAGAGAGGGAGUUGAUGCAGAACAUCAGAGAGCUGCGGCAGAAACUGGCGGCCCGCGCCAAAAACUCCAACUCUACCGUCUCCCAGUAACCACGACGACACACAAACACACCUGCUGUGCCUUUUCGUUUUGCAUAUCUAGACUUAAAGGAAACUGAAAUGGUUUGUGGUUUUCUGCUCGUUUGUCCGUUUGAAAGAAGAUGCUGAUAUUAUUUGCCUUAACAAACAGCUGUCCUCUAACCACAACCCUGGUGUUGACUAGUUAAAGAGGUAAACAGCUGUCCUCUAACUACAACCCUGGUGUUGACUAGUUAAAGAGGUAAACAGCUGUCCUCUAACCACAACCCUGGUGUUGACUAGUUAGAGGUAAACAGCUGUCCUCUAACUACAACCCUGGUGUUGACUAGUUAAAGAGGUAAACAGCUGUCCUCUAACUACAACCCUGGUGUUGACUAGUUAAAGAGGUAAACAGCUGUCCUCUAACUACAACCCUGGUGUUGACUAGUUAAAGAGGUAAACAGCUGUCCUCUAACCACAACCCUGGUGUUGACUAGUUAAAGAGGUAAACAGCUGUCCUCUAACUACAACCCUGGUGUUGACUAGUUAAAGAGGUAAACAGCUGUCCUCUAACCACAACCCUGGUGUUGACUAGUUAAAGAGGUAAACAGCUGUCCUCUAACCACAACCCUGGUGUUGACUAGUUAAAGAGGUAAACAGCUGUCCUCUAACCACAACCCUGGUGUUGACUAGUUAAAGAGGUAAACAGCUGUCCUCUAACCACAACCCUGGUGUUGACUAGUUAAAGAGGUAAACAGCUGUCCUCUAACCACAACCCUGGUGUUGACUAGUUAAAGAGGUAAACAGCUGUCCUCUAACUACAACCCUGGUGUUGACUAGUUAAAGAGGUAAACAGCUGUCCUCUAACUACAACCCUGGUGUUGACUAGUUAAAGAGGUAAACAGCUGUCCUCUAACUACAACCCUGGUGUUGACUAGUUAAAGAGGUAAACAGCUGUCCUCUAACUACAACCCUGGUGUUGACUAGUUAAAGAGGUAAACAGCUGUCCUCUAACUACAACCCUGGUGUUGACUAGUUAAAGAGGUAAACAGCUGUCCUCUAACUACAACCCUGGUGUUGACUAGUUAAAGAGGGAUUAAAUGAAAGCAUUCCAUGGUCUUAAUGAGAUUUGUAGCACAACUCUCUCCUGUGUAUAUUUUGUUAUUUAAGUUGUUUUUAAGUAUUGUUGUAUCAACUCUGCCUUGUUGACUAGUUUCAGUCUUUGACAGACUAUACUCACCAGUCGUGCUCUGGUCUGAUGGUGACUUAUGACUUGCUAACCUCAGCAUAGGUAUCCAGGUCAUUCACCUUUUAAUAAAGCCUUAGCAAAUCAAA